AUGAGUCUUCGACGACUUACAUGUACCCUUCAACAUCUUAGAACAUCACGACGAGGCUUUCCUGAUAUGAAAAUCAAAUGCUGCUACUCCUCAAUAGCAUACUUCUGUCUAUGCUACCCAACCCAAUCAGCAGCCCUUGUCGGGAAGAAUACAAAUACGAUACCAAUCACAAGACAUGGAAGCACCAUCACUUCCUACCGUUCACCCUGUCAUGGUGUACAUCGAGCUUCGAGUCGAAAUCAACAUUCUAGCCGACAGUACUCCUCCUCGAUCGACGUAGAUGGUGAUUUGGUGGCAGAGACCUCCCAUUUGCCAAGACUCUACGUGGAAUCAUCAUCAUCAUCAUCAUCAUUAGUGCUGUCCACCAAUGCUCUCAUUAGUUUGUCAUCCUAUCAAUCGAAUUAUUUGAGCGUCAUGAGGGUCACCAAUACCAAACGAUGGGGACAAUGGGCUGGUCAUGUACGAAUAUUCAAUGGAAAAGAUGGGGAAUGGUUGGCCAAAGUAGUGAUUAAUAAUGAAUCAUCAGCUUCCUCGUCUGAAACACCCAAGAAACAACGUCGGCGUCGACGACAAGGUGGAAAUUCUGCAGGGGAUUCCGCUACCAUUUUGGAGUGUGUCCAACAGACCAUUCCCCAGUCUUUGCCAAUGCAACAACAACAACAACAACAACAGCAAGAAGAAGUUCAUUUGCACAUGGGAAAAUUGAAAAAGCAACGGCGCAAAUGGGUGUUGGAAAAGACGACCGAGUUGGGGAUUGCAGCAAUUGACGUGGUGGACAUGGAAUACUCGGAACCACAAAAGGAACCAUGGGAAUAUGAAAAGCACUUGACACAAGUUAUUGAGGCUGCGGAACAAUGCGAACGACUCACAGUGCCGACGCUUGCGAAAACACCAACAUCUUGGUCGGACCUGAUGGAAAGUAUUGCAAAAUCCUCGGUCGCAAAUGGUCAUCACUGGCUGGUUUGUCGAGAACGAAGUCGCAACGAAACAGUGCCUAUACUCACUGCCCUCAAACAUAUACAUGAUGGAACAUCCAGCAUGGGUGAUCAUGAUGGUACUGCACAAGAAACAAGUUGCAUAAUACACAUACUCGUCGGCCCCGAAGGAGGUUGGAGCCCAAACGAAUUGGAGGACUUGGCCAAUGCCAAAUCCAAUGGAAACAAGGACAACCUCCACUUUGUGUCCCUUGGAUCGCUCGUUCUCAGAGCCGAAACGGCAACCAUCUCAGCAGUUACGGCAACUAUGCUAGCCAUGGAUCAGAAGCGUUCUUCUUAA